GCUUCCUGCUCAAGCGCCGCCACGAACCUCCUCCUCGUCCCCCUCAUCAUCGUCAAACCUCUUCAUCAUCCUGCUGCUGCUGCUGAUUCACAACAACAACAACAAACAACAACGACAACGCCGAGGCGCCUCACUCGCGGCGCCGCUCGUGCUGCCGCCGCCGCGCGGGACGAGGAGACGGGCCCCGGGCCUCCUCCCACCCGCCCGCCAUGGCGAACCAGCCGGUGCUGCUCAACGUGUACGACAUGUACUGGAUCAACGAGUACACGGCGUCCCUGGGCAUCGGCGUCUUCCACUCGGGCGUCGAGGUGUACGGCCGCGAGUUUGCGUACGGGGGCCACCCAUACCCUUUCUCGGGCAUCUUCGAGAUCUCGCCGGGCGACGCGAGCGAGCUGGGCGACGCGUUCCGCUUCAAGGAGGCCAUCGUGCUGGGCACCACGGACUUCGCCGAGGGCGACGUGGAGAGCAUCGUGGAGGAGCUGGGCCGGGAGUUCCGCGGGGACGCCUACCACCUGAUGCGCAAGAACUGCAACCACUUCUCGAGCGCCGUCAGCGAGGUGCUGUGCGGCCGCGAGAUCCCACGCUGGGUCAACCGCCUCGCCUACGUCAGCUCGUGCAUCCCCUUCCUGCAGAGCUGCCUGCCCCGCGAGUGGCUCACGCCCGCCGCCCUCCAGAGCAGCGUCGUGGCGGCCCAGGGCGGCGCGGGGGCGGUAGCGGGAGGGCAGCAGCGGCAGCAGCAGGGAGGCGCCGACGCGGGCGGUGCCGAUGACGCGGAGGCCGGGAGUGGGCGGUCGGGCCGGCACACGCGCGUGUGAGACGGUGGUGCCGGUGGUGCCAGUCGGCGGUGGUGGUGGUGCUCCGUCGAGGGCGGGCGGGCGGAGGGGUGGGCGGGGGAGCGAGCGAGUGGGAAUGAUGAAGAGAUAUGUGGACGAGUGGGUGGCUGAGUUGAGUGGGUGAGCAAAUGGACAGAGCGAGGGGACGAGCGAGCAUGGUGGCUUACAAGCGGCUUGGACGAGUAGGUGAGCCGGUGGGUGGGUACAGUUAAUAUAGUUAAUGGUGAGGUGUGAGGCUAGUGUCAGAGGCCUAGCGCUUGCCCUGUUUCUUACCUUACCUGCUAUCGAUAUCCACAUCCCAACCCCAUCACAGCACGAACCCCCCAGUCCACUGUGGCUGGGUAGUUUUGGGGGGUUCUUGAUGGCCCCGCUGGAGAGCCGCGCGCACGCUCAGUCCCUUGUGCGCGCAACACCCGAGGGCAGCUUCUUUGCUCCGCCGGUUUAAAUCACAGAUACAAAAUCGCGCUGCAAUCGCACUCGCCUCCCCCCAACGGGGGUCGGGCAACUGCUACUCCCCACUUGCCCCACCACCAUCUGGGUCGUCGACUGUCGGGUACCACCUUUGCUCACCAAUCGACGUCACCGUCCCGUGUUUAUUUUCCCGGCCUCACACCGGUGCCCGAGCAGUCGUCCCGGAGAGUGACAGUGCGUCUCUGCGCUGAAGUUGUAUGCCAUUCAUCCGUCUAAUGUCUCCCGGUCGAGGCCACACACUGCCUUAUCUGCCUCCUGAGUAUCUGGACUGGGUGACGCUCAGGGCGAGGUUGUGCUUGUGUGCCCUAACCCAUUGUCGGGGGCUGUAGCUUUGAAGGCGGCUUUUGCCCCCCCCCCCCCCCCCCGAUUGGAUGACGAGACUUUUGACGAUCAGCGUGAGCUGAGAAGACUCAAGUCUUCAUAUUCUUAGGUUUUUUCGGUAAAGUCACGUAGGUAAAAUAUGAUCAUUAAUAAAAGUAAAAUAAAAAGAUUUAUUUUAUUAAUUUUAAUUUUUUAUUAUUUUACUUUUAUUAAUUUUUAUUUGUAACCUACGUGACUUUACCGAAAAAACCUAAGAAUAUGAAUCCUUGCAGUCACGAAAGCUUCAAAUCUAGAUUUAAGACUCAAGUCUCUUGUCCAGCAGCGAGCGGGUUGCAGGGAGCCUGGCUCCGGGGAGGUCGUCUGAUUUAACCGACGGCGUUGGUUUUGACCGCGGUCAGGAGGGAGCCCGCGCCAGCCUCGACGCGGAGAGUCGCUGGUGGACACGCGAAAGUUUGGUGAACGCAGGCAGCGUCGUUCGCGAGGCCUCUCUGCUGCGAGCAACUGUUCUCUUGAGCGGCUGCUUCGCAGGUCCCUCUGCACUGCAUGCAUCUCCGUCACCCCUUAGCCAGCGCUGUCUACCGCGUAGGUCUGAGACGUUGGGUGAAGGAUCACGUAGAUAAGGAGGCUAUCGUAAACCCUGUGACAUCAGCUGCAUGCGUGCAGCCUGUGGAAGGCACAGGCGACUCCCCUGUGAGUUGUGGCAGCAGCUGGAGUGUGCUGUGAUGCCACCCACCCCCCCAGUAGGCACCACAACAGCCGUGCCAUCAACAAAAUGUAAUUUCCAUAGAGUCGAGCUUUGUGUGACCGCAGGCUUCAAAGAUGUUUUGAUCAUAGAGAGAGGUUUUAGCUCGCGGUUGAGUUUUAAAUUAAUCGGUCACCCACCGCACCGUGCCGGAAUCGGUAUUCACGCUCCGUGAGCCUUUAGCACCGACGGCUGCCACGGCACCACAGCCAAAUCACAAACUGUUUUUGCGUGAGGAUGAGGCUUGGAGCCUCUUGGUGUCUAUAGCACGGCAGGGCUGGGUCUUUUACCAAGACCUCCAUGAACUAUUUAUAUGUGGAACGGUUAGCACGGAUUGUACACUCAAAACGGAUUUCACUCAAGCCCUGUGAUGCAAAGGAAAGUGAUGCCGUGAAAGAGAGUGACUGGAAUCGGAUCUCAUAAACAUGAGUCUUUGGCUUCGAAAUCUGACUCCAUUUUAAUGAGCCCAAGUGCUCAGAUUUUCACCUAACGUGCUAACAUUGUUAACGUACAUCGGGGCUGCGUGGGGUGAUACCCGUCAGGAUACUCGGCUUUGGAUGGUUACGGCACCGCAGACCGUGCGAGGUUAUUACUUCAGCGUGAGCGUGCAACUACAAACCUACUAACACUGUUGCCAAAACAGUCGCGUGGGAAAUCUGCGCUCUUGAUAUCUCGGUGUUCAAUGGUGUGCGUGCGGUGCAGUACACGGGCGCUCAUGACCUUACACUUUGUACAGAAUUGGCCGCGCCGUGUGGCUUUGGGUCCGGCCGUUUUGUUUUUGUUAAACUGAACUCUUGACCGAACGGCACUGUUUUACUCUCGUCAAGUGCCGAACUGAAACUCGUUGAGGCCAACGAGGGCGGUGUGAUCGCGAGAGCUCGUCGAACAAGCGCACGCUCGCUCGCAAGUCCCCGUUUUGGGGCUUGCCCAGUUAGUGCGGGGCCCUUCCCAGGGUUAUUAGCGGUCUGAGUCGGCUUGUUCGUUGAGCUGUUCGUCGUUUUUAUCCAAUUCAGAGAGAAGCGUCGCCUUCUGACCUGCCGCUAGCUCAUUCCUGGCUACGGAAACCCGUCGAUGCAAUAAGCCCAGCCAAGCAGACACCCGUCCGAUGGGAUUCUUCGCUGUACGCCGCCGAGGCAAUCUGAAGUCAGUUUUAAACGACGCCUCGUUUUACCAAAUGGAAGCAGUCUUUGUGGUUAUUUAAAAAAAGCAAAAAAAGCCUGACAAAAAGGGAAAUAACCGUGUCAACGAAAAACCUUGUACGAGUUGGUGUAUUUUUUACUCGGUUUUAUAAUGACGAAGGUGAGGAAAUGCAAAAGUCGAUAUUUUAACCCGCGGUGGCGCGUGUCGUCUGCGACGGUGAGGAUGGUUAGACAUUGCCGCCGUGAAGGUGUUCACGGUUCCACCGUGCAGCUCUCCUCCAUGUGUUUGCGGGUUGUGCCACUCGUUGUUCGGCACGACGAUCAGACGUUUCGUUCCACAUCCUGGGACCUCCUGCAGGAACUAAGUCGAAAAAUCAACUUGAAAACACAACCGAGAGCUGUUGUUUCGUAUUGAUUAUUAUUAACAAAACAAAAACGCUGGCUGGCGAAGGUCGGAUCUGGUGUCCUUGUGGCCAGGGUCGUUGGCAAACAACACACUCACUGCCGAUCUCCUUGGCCAUGGGGCCCUCCGCCAUCCUCUCGCUCACCCUGCAGAAAAAAACUUGCGCCCUCUGCGCUAAGCGUGUUGGCACUUAACACGGGAAGGCGGCAAUCUCGUUUGCCGUACUGAUUCCCUUAACUCGAUUUGAGCCGCUUGCUAAUUUAUCGUCCGCCCCAUGCCUCGUAACGUCGAGGAAUGCCGUGUGGAUCAGCACUUGUGGAAUGGGUAAACUAGUGCACAGGUUGCGGCACAUGGCUGCCCGCAAACUCACCAACCCACGAUUGUGCAUCGAGUUGGCCACAUGGCCCAGUGGUCAGACUGCCUACCGCUGAGCCAUAUUGCUCCCCAGUCGUCGACAUUUUGAUCCAACUACUACAGCAGUUCAAUAACACAAGCGGAGAAUGAUCUAAAGUCAGACUCAAAUCGGAUGUUGCAAACACCAUCUGGUGUGGUUGGCGGAGUUGUGUGCAAAUUGUGCACUGUGUACAAGCGAAAAUGUCAUAAGUCUAAAUCACAGUGAUGGAAAUGCUAACUAAUUCGAGCAUAAGUGUCGAAGAUGUUUACUGUGUGGAACGUCUCUUUGGAAGACCCGUUUAAUUGGAAAUCACGAGCAGGGUUGUAAUAUAGUCACUCUGGGCUUUGGAACAAGAGAUGACCAGGGUGGGAUUUGGGUUAUGGUCAGAAUGUAUUGUAUGGCUAGGGUCUGGAUCUGUAUUAGAGAUAGGUAGGGAUAGGAUGGAGGUUAGGCUAAGUAUUGGUCUGCUUCGGAAUAGUGUGUGUGUUUGGAGUGGGGAGCUGUAGUGUAGCGGUUAGCGCUACGAACCUGGCGACCCGGGUUCGAUUCCCGCUCACGGCCAACACCAGCUGAGGAUUAUCUGAACCGGUUCUGGGCCUCCCCUAGGUCGACUCAGCCUCAAAUAAGUACCUGGUGCGAUGUGUAAACAUCGUCACUAGGGAGACAAAGGCGGCCGAGCGUGGUGUUGGCCACCCACCCCCUCGUGUGCCGUGCCGGCCUUCAUAGGUGCUCGCUAACAGCACUUGCCCCUACAGUCUGUUAAGGCUAUACUGGGGGAUCUUUUUUUGUUUUGUUACAGAUAGACUUAGUGUUGUGUUAGGUUAUUCUUAAUUAUGUUAUAGGUGGGCAUAGACUUAGUUGAGUGAUUGACUACGAGUUUGGGUAGGAUUGUGAUUAGUAUUAUGGGAUAGCAUUAUGCUAGGAUUGCUUUAAGGGCUAGUAUUUGUUUGAGAUCAAGGUUAUGAUGCCAAUUAAUGCCAUUCGUUAACUCAGGAAAGCCUCCCUGAGGCUCAAUACUCAUUUUCAGGAGUGUCUCGCAUUGGGGUGUUUGGCCAGUAUCAUACAUGAGUGGCAUGUGAGAUGAAAUCUGAGCACCCGGAGAAAAUCCACAAACGCGAGGGGUGAUAAGCAACGCUGCCACCUGACACACACCUCGCAAGCCCUGGUGGUCAUCCAUCCAGGCUGUAACCAGGCUCAAACCUGCUUAGCUUCGUAUAUCUGGUGAGACGAGACGCAUUCAGGGUAUUUGGCCGUAGGUUAGGGUAUAGUUAGUGUUGUAGUUAUAAUUAGAGUGAUGGAUGAAGUUGAGGUUGGGGGUAAUGUUACAGCGAAGGGAUGCGAUUAUUGCUUUAGAAUGAGGGCUGCUGUUACUCCAAACCCAAGUUAUUGUUGAAGUCCUACUUGAAGGACUAUUUUGAUACCGAUUUCGGGUUUCGUUUUCUAUUGGCCAGUUUCUCCGUAAAUCCCGCUCUCAAUAUCCCGUGCGUUUUGCGACCCUGGUUGCUUUGUCUUGUCAGACCAAACGGCGUGUUACUCCACGUGUGCUCGUUGUGGCCGGAUUGUGUUUGCGUUACUGACCUUUUCUCUUCUCUAAAUGCUCAGCAGCCCGGUCGCCGCCUGGUCACCGCUUGCGGGCAAAUGGUUUUUGGUUUUUUGUCGGAAGGCGUCAAGCGUCGCGUUCAUGAAGGAGCUUUGCAAGCGAGGGAAUAUGCAAGCGCGAGGUCUGUGCCCCUCUGUGUGCACGGGGCUCACUGUAUUACCAGCAGUAAACUUGACUUGCAAAUGUAAGCGAAUGUUAAAUGGCCUUAUGUUUACAUUUAUAAAUCAAUGCGCUACCUAAAGAUGACGUUCUGGCUCUUGUUGGGGCUCUCGGAGAUUUGGGCCGGGACAGCUGCAUCGGUUGAGCAGCGUGGUUCCUGAUCACAGGUUUCAGGAGUUCAAUCGCUGUCGGGGUCAAUUUAGCUUCUCAAUCAUUAUUGUCGUCGCCACCAUCGUCGUCGUGAUUGUUGCUCUCAUUGUUAUCAUUUCUCCUCUGGGUGGUCGGUGAAACUAUUCCCAUCAGAUGGGGAGCACCACUUGGUGGUGGGGAUUUUGCGUUUCAGAACCAUAAUGUUGGAAUUUCCACCAUUGGCUCAUGGCCGGUCACAAAACGCGAGCACCACUAAAUCCAGUUCACACUUCGACUUUAUUCUGAGACUUCCCCUCCUCUGGUUACAUGGUGUUCGGGGUUGUGGGCGGGGGGGGGGGAGGUGGCAGACAGCUACGGAGAAACGUUCUCGUGUUGGUGUUCUCAACAACGGGGCAGGACUCGCUUAGCUAUAUUUGCCAAGUGACAUGAGGCCAGUCGUGAUAUCCACGGGGACUUUGUCCCAGUGUCGUGGGGGGUCGUCGCCUCCUCAACAAUGCAGCUCUCAUGCCUUUGGCCCCGGGCCAACAGGGCGGCCACGUGCGUGAACACUUGCCUCCGACGUGCCUUACAUUUGCGGAUAAUCUGGAUGCGGGUUGCUGUGGACACCAAGAGUGACGAGUGAACGGGUAGCGAAAAGGCCGUACUCGAACUUGACGAUGAGAGGUAGCAGCAACAAUCCGUUAUGGGGUGGAGCGCAAUAGCCAACCAGACGACCCUGCGCGCCACCCCUUCACCAACUCCCAAUUGCAGGCAGUGUGGCGUAGCCUGGUCGGAAUAGGCCCUAAAUGGAAUGAGGUUUCCCUGUCCCAAUUUCUCCACCCUCCUCCGGCAGCGUGGGCUCCAGUGCAGGUGCACCGUUCGCACACCCACGAUAGCUACGCCAAUGUGAUCAGCCACACCAGUAAUACCUCUACCGUUGAUCGACUUCUAAGUCCAAUCUUUGGCGCUUUGUUGCAGCCCCACCGUUCAGUCUGUUCACUUUUGGUGUGCACGGCAUUCGCCACUUACCCACACACACGAGUGUCUCCCACGAACGAAUAACAGUUAUUGUGUCUGUCCCGUCCGUCUGGGAUUUGACCCGUGUGGUGUUGUUGUGACGAUUGUGGAUGCCUGUGGGAGCAUUGCUUUGUUCCCUCCCAGUGUUGAUGCAGUGUUACGUUUUGUCUUCCACCCCAUUGUCUUUUUGAUAUCUCUGUAAAAGGAUUACUUUGAUUGGAAAAGCGCAUUGCGUGUUUAGUGUGUUCAGU